AUGUCACCCCAUGACUAGAUCUAUCAAUGGAGGCAAAACUACACUUUUGAAGCCGGGGCGACGAUCUCAAGGUUACAAUAAAGUUAGUAUGGUUGAUGAAGAUCAUAGUGACGUUGGUGAACAGAAAUCGCGGUCUGAGCGAAACACCAUGGACGAAACGAUUCCCAAUUAUGAAGAGAGUAACCCCAUUAGCUCUCUGCUGAAAUCAUCUUCGACUCUACUUCCUUUUCUUGUAUUACUGGUUUUAAAACUCCUCUAUGAUGCUAGUAUUGAGUUAUUUCUAUGCAUCGCCCUUUUCAUCACCUGCUAUAAAAUCAACGGCUUGUUCCUUGAAAUUACAGGGUUUAGAAAGAAUAUGCAAAAUGUUAUUCGUGCUGCGCAGCUUGCAGGAUUUCUUCUGUUCAAUAUUUUGUUCAUUCUCUUGGUUUAUUCCGAUGAAAAAAUCCUCGGGAUUUUUGUUUUUAUGAAACCAAACAUUGACUUGGAUAUAUACUAUGUCGUUUUUUACGUGACUUUGAUUGAUUUCCUUAUUAAAUUGGGGACAAUGCUUGCGAAAUGCGGUAUAUACUUGAUACCAUCGCGCAUAUUUCCCCAUGCAUUCGAGGACAAGGGUUGGGUCUAUUUCUCAGUAGAACUGGCCUCGCAACUAUAUCGGACUAUCGUUCCAUUUGGACUGUGGGUUCACAUGUUAGUCCAAAUGCACGGUACUUCCGAAUACAUUUACAAUAUCAUCCUCAUAAUCCUGGCAACUGCCUUCAAACUUCUACAGUUGAAAUCAAUAGGCGAAAAAGUGAUCGAACUGUUUAAGUCUUUUGGAAAGGAAACAUAUCAAGCCAUGCCUGUUCAACCAUCAACAACGACCUGUCCAAUUUGCCAAUGUCAUUACACGAACCCUGUUCUAACUGGAUCCUGUAUGCAUACCUUCUGCAACAAAUGCCUCGCAUCUUGGUGUAAUCGCGAUAAGAAGUGCCCUAUCUGCAAGGAAGAACUUGUUAACAUGGAGUCUAUAGACUAUCGCGAUGGGUAUACGGGCCAAUACUUGCAAUUAUUCUAG